UUAACAUUUUUAAUUAUUUGUUGAAAAAUAAGUUGCCAUCAAAAUAAAUUCUUUGUCCCACUGUGCAUUUGGUAACACGAAAUAUGGAAAAAUAAAACUAGUAAACUAAAACUUCUUUGUAAAUACAACAAACAAUAAAAGCAACAACAAUUAGAUCUGCCAACAACGGUAAACCUCUAUAAAUAAAAACCGGCAAAAAAAAUGAGGUUAUGUUAUAAAUAAUGCCAAAAAUUUGACAAAUUUCACUAAAAUCCGCAAAAUGCUUUCAAAAUUCCUGAUUCCAAGGCAAAUACGUGCCUUCAGUCUGCAAAAAAUCAACCAAACCGGCAGUAAAAAGCUUGAUUAUGAGUCGAAGAACCUUACGAAACAACUGGUUCAACGUAUAAAGAUUGGGGGGCCUCUGACGGUGGCGGAGUACAUGAAAGAAGUGCUGACGCACCCUGCAGGGGGUUACUACAUGCAUAAGGAUGUUUUCGGGGAGCAAGGUGAUUUCAUUACGUCACCUGAAAUCACGCAAAUGUUUGGUGAAAUGUUGGCCGUUUGGUUUUUAAAUGAAUGGCAAAAGCUUGGAUCACCAGUACCAUUGCAGUUCGUUGAGUUGGGGCCUGGUAGAGGUACACUUUCGAACGAUAUUUUGAAUGUUUUUGGGCACUUAAAGGCGCUACAUCGGGCUUCACUACAUCUGGUAGAAGUGAGUCCUGCUUUAAGCGAUAUACAAGCAAAGAGGUUAUGUAAGCAAGUCACCCCGAUAUCUGAGAGUAAAGUGUACAGGGAGGGUAUUUAUAAGGCUGGUAUACCUGUAAAAUGGUACAAUCAAAUGCAAGAUGUCCCGAAAGGUUUUUCAAUGUUUAUUGCGCAUGAAUUUUUUGAUGCGUUGCCCAUACACAAAUUUCACAAGACUUAUCAGGGCUUCAGGGAAGUCCUAAUAGACUUGGACCCCAACGUAGACUCCCCGAAACCCCACUUCAGAUACGUCCUAGCGAAAAACAAGACACCAAUGUCAAAAUAUCUGGUAUCAAAGAAUGAGAACCGUGAUCACAUAGAAGUGUCACCAGAUUCUAUUUUUAUCAUUGAAAAUAUCUGCAAGAGACUUGUAGAAUGCGGCGGAAUCGCCUUAUUCUGUGACUACGGACAUAAUGGAGACGGAACUGAUACCUUUAGAGCCUUUAAAAAACACGUUCAAGUGAAUCCUUUGGAAAACCCAGGUUCAAGCGACUUAACUGCAGAUGUAGACUUUUCUAUGAUUAAACAGGUUGUUGAAAACGUUGGUGGGGUCAUACCAUAUGGUCCCAUAUCUCAACGGGAAUUUUUACUUAAAGUUGGUCUGGAAUGUCGAUUUAAAAACCUUUUAGGAUCUCUAACAGAUAAAGAACAUAUAAGGAAUUUAACUGCUUCAUAUGAAAUGUUAACAAGGGAUGAUAAAAUGGGCAAAAGAUUCAAAUUUUUCGCAAUUUUUCCGGAAACGCUUAGGAAAAUCUUGGAUAAAUUCCCAGUUGUUGGGUUUUAAUAAAAAUUAUUUUUAAAUUGUAAAUUACAUUGUAAAUAAAAAAAUUGUGAAUUUUU